UCCAGUUGAUUAGAUUGAGCUGACCGCACCAGCGCUAACGAUCCUCCUCCUCCCCCGCCUCUUAUCCACUGACUGACAAACCCUAAUAAUUUAAAAAUAAUAAAUAAUAAAUAAUAAAUAAAGCUCCCAACAGUAAUGCUAAAUUGUAUGGCACUGUCUCAGACUCCCGAUUUCAAUACUUGAGGAGGUUUUUGUAAUGGCGAGAUGUCAGAGAGAGUUUUCAAGGUUGUUAGGAAUAUUUUUUUUUUUAAGUGAAGGGUUACGGAGGGUUGAGGUUGGGAUAAGGUAUUAAGGUCUCCUUUCUGAAGGGUUUUUGAACACUUGUGUGAAGAAGAGAAAAAUGUUGCAGCCUGUGGAAUUUGAAGGGAGUAAUGAUAAUAAUGUGACUGGCUUGUUGAGAAAGAGAAAGCUGGAGCGUGGCACAGGAUGUAUUGAAAACAAUAGGCCAUUUCAGAGUAAUGUUCAAUGUGCUGGUGUUGGUUCUUUGGCUGUUGGCUGCCAAGAUAAUUUUGGAGAAAGGAAUCGGGUUCAUGGGGAUGGGGAUGUGACAAUUGGGAAGGAAACAGGAGUGGUUGUUGGAAAAUCAGGACAUUCUUUGGUGGAGAUGAGUCCUAAAACCGGUGGUAGUUAUGUUAAUGUCGUGGUUGAAGGUGGUCGGAGAAAUGGAUCACCGGUUGAUGAAAUUAAGUCACAUGUUGGGAAGUUAGCUUCAAUAGUUGCUCAGAAGCUCUGGGAUGGAUCCCUUCAGCUAAAUUCCUCUGUAACUGUGUCCCUUGUUGCCUUCUUUCAAAGUGGUGAGAAGAUGCCUGAUCUCAAGUGGUCUGAAUUUCUAGAAGUCAAAGGCAAAGUUAGACUAGAGGCAUUUGAAAAAUAUGUUCAAGAUCUUCCUCGAUCACGCAAUCGAGGGUUGAUGGUAAUCUCACUUCGCUGUAAAGAAGGGUCGUCUAAAUCUGGACUGGCAGGCAUGAAGGAGGUUGCAAAAGGAUACAAGAAAGGGAAGAGGGUUGGGUUUGUACAGGUCUCUCAGGGUAUUGAUCUGUAUGUGUGUCCUCGCAGUGAUAGCAUAAUCACAAUACUUGCUAAACAUGGGUUCUUCAAGGGAAUGGCUGCUGUUGAAGAUAACCAAGACUCGUUGAUUGGCUGUGUUGUAUGGCGAAGAAAUCAAGCAUCUUCAAGUUCUGUUCUUGAGAAAUCUGAGAGAAAGCACGGUUCCUUGUCUGAACAGCCUCUCAAGUCACCUUCAGACUCUUCAGUUGAAAGGGUAGAUCAUAAAGCUUUGUCUUGUUGCAUCCAAGUUGGAUCAAGAACAGAUUGCACAACUCUUGAUGGUGAUGAAAAUAACAAUGUUGAGCACAAGGAUAUUGAGACUAAACAAGUACAGACUGAACUGCGUAUCACUUCUUCCACCAUCAAUAAUCUCUUGCUGACAUCUACGAUUCUCAGCAAUUCACCAUCCAUGUUGAACGGACUUCAAACUUCUUCAACUCAUGACUCUGCCUCUUAUUUGCCUGCUAUGGGAAAGUUAUUGCAAGUCGGGCCACUUGUUAUGAAUAACUCAGAAGAGAAACCUAAAACAUCAGAACUUUGUAAACAUGGUUCACAGUUGUCAACUGACAUCGCCAAAAAGCCACUGCAUGCCCCAUAUGAUGAUGAUCUUCCAGAAUUUGACUUUGGAACUGCUUGUGGUAUUUUACAAACUCCAACAAGCAAGCCGUUGCAUGGGGUAAUUGCUGACAACAAACUACCAGCUGAAGAACUUAAGAAAAUCCUCGAGUCAUUGCCCCAAAUAACACCAACUGUACAGUCAAUGCUGGUUUCCAAUCAAAGGGAAUUAAGAGAUUUCAAUCCUCCCAGGCUUCCUUUGGAUACCCUUUUGAAGAUGCCCGUGCAGAGGAAAAUUUGUGUAGAUGGUAUGAACGUUCUCCCGCCCAAUUUAGAAGAAAAGCGUAUGCCUGUUACCACUACUUCAGCUCGCCCCUUGAAAAAUCUUUUUGAUGAUGAUGAUGAGAUGCCUGAAUGGAGCCCACCAGACUUUGAGCUUCUCAGGCAACAUGUUUCUGAUACAACCAGGCCAUCAACAACUUCUACUUACUCUAAAGUACGAAACUUGAUUUUUGAAAGACUUCCUCCUGGCUGUCCUAAUAACCUGCUCUCUUCUUCACCAAGAUCCGCCUAUGCUCGGUUUACUCCCCAGGCAGGCAUCAGUGCAUCUCAUCAGCUGAUGAGUCAUAAUGGGAGACCAGCACAGCCCAGUCUCUCCAGUGAAUAUACACUGCAUGGUCCAAAUUCAUCGACAGUAUUCAAUCCUAACCCUCUUCCUCGUUCAGGACCACCUCGUGACCCAUUUGAUGCCAAGCUUCCAGUCCACCAUGGUGGUUGGAAUCGUCGGAGGUGUUGAUGGUUCAUUAGUGUUGUAGACUAGGGAGUAAGUUAAAACACUGUACAUAUCCAUCUUCAGAUAGACAGAAACGCUGAAGAAAUGCUGCUUUGAUAGACAUGUGAACCUGUAUAUAAUCGGCAAGUGAAUAUUCAGAGUUAUUCCUGGAAAGUUCAGUUUUAUCAUCUACUAAUCAAGCUGUUUUUGGUUUUUAA